AUGGGCUAUGCGGUCAUGCUGGGCGGCUGGAUGAGCCUUCUGGUACUCGCUCUCUGCACCACUCUCUUCUGUACCACGGCUCGACUGCUCUGCCGUGCAUUCGAUGCCCUCCCGCCCUCCUCCCUGCAAUCCUACCCUUCCCUCGCCCGCUUCGCCUUCGGCCCGCCGGGAGAAUGGACUGUGAUGGUGGCAGUGCUAUUCGAGUUCUGGGGAGCGCUCGGCAUGUGUCUCAUCAUUGUGUGGCAGUCGGCGCUCAUCUUCCUGCCGCCCCUCCCCACGCUCUGCCUCCCCUCCUUCACCACCGCCCCUGCUGCUUCUUCUGCCGCCUCCUCUGCUGCCUCUGCUGUCGCCUCUGUGUCCUCCGCUGCUCCGCUCUGCCUCUUGCCCAGGCACCUUGUCAUAAUGGCCAGUCUAGCGCUCGUCAUUCCCACCGUACUAGUGCGCUCCUUUGCUCGCCUCACCAACGUCGCCCUCUCUGGUGUUGCCAGCAGCACACUUCUCUGCUCCGUGAUGCUAGGCACGUGGGCGAGUGAUCCCUCAUCCUCCUCUCUACCUGACCCCCGCGCUCACCACCACUCCACUGUCUCCUGGUCUCACCUGCCCAUGGCUGCUGGCAUCUUCAUGGUUUCGCUCUCAGGCCAUGCGGGUCUGCCAUCUCUCCGACGCAGCAUGCGGACACCGCAGCACUUUGACCAGUGCAUCAUCGUCACAUUCUCCUCCAUGUUCCUCCUCUAUGCCACCAUGGGUGGAUUCGCUUACCUCUACUUUGGUGACUCCGUGCGCGUGCUGGUAACCGCCAGCCUGGACGAAGCUGGAGCUGCUGCCGGCAUCGUUCUGCUCCAAUGGGGUUCCGUCUCCCUCUCCCUCUCCGCCCUCCUCUCUCUCCUCGUCGCUGCCAGUGUGUUUACAACCAUACCGGCCCUGGUGUAUGUGAUGUCGGAGCUGAUUCUCGAUCUCUCUGCGCGCCUCGGCCUGCCUGUCUCCUCACACAAGCCCUCUCCGAGUGCUGCGGAUCCUGCUGCCUCUGCUGCGGAGACUGCCUGUGCUGCUGACGGUGAACCGCCACCACGAUGCAGCGCACAGCCAGUGCCACACCGCCACUCCGCCAUAGCAGAGGGCAUCACUCGCCUGGCGGUCACCUUUGUUGGUUACAUCACCGCAUACCUCACGUGA